GCUACAUCUUGACUCUUACCACCACCUACAGCUGUAGAGAACGAUGGCACAGUAUCCUCAGCAAGCCCCUCCCUCGUACGGGGCGACCUCGCCUACGAAGCCCUCAAGCGAUGAAGCCCGCGACCCCUUGCUAGGCGCCGCGAGUUCAAGUGCAGCAGGGAUGCGGGGCGCCAUUUACGACCAGCCUGAUUUUGGGGAUCUUCCGGACGACUUCAAGUAUGGCACCACCGUCUCUGAGAGCGCGCCCGAGAUCCGGCGGGCUUUCGUGAGGAAGGUGUUUACUAUAUUGCUAUGCCAGAUUGCGGCCACCACCAUCGUCGCCGCAGGCGUUUCGACCUCAGACGACGUGAUGACCUGGGUGCUUCACCACACCUGGUCAUUCUAUGCUCCCCUGUUCUUGUCCCUCGCCAACUUGGCCCUCCUGUUCUUCAAGCGCCACAACCACCCAUGGAAUCUGGUCCUCCUCUCCAGCUUCACGAUCAUGGAGGCGUUUACGCUAGGUGUCACUGUCGCAUUCUUCGAUAAAGUCAUUGUACUCCAAGCUUUGUUCAUUACGCUGGGUGUCUUCGUCGGCUUGACGCUGUUCACCUUGCAGUCAAAGUAUGACUUCUCCGGCAUGGCACCGUUUUUGUUCGGAGGCCUGCUCGCCCUUGUUAUGACUGGCCUCGUCGGGCUCUUCCUUCCCUUCUCGCACACCUUUAGCCUCAUCUACGCAGUUGGCGGAUGCUUGAUCUUCAGUGGGUACAUCGUCUACGACACGUACUUGAUCAACGCGCGCCUGUCACCGGAUGAGUACAUCAUGGGUGCCAUUUCCCUUUACCUUGACUUCGUGAACCUUUUCCUUAGCAUCCUUCGUCUUCUCAACGAGCUGCAGGAUCGCUAAAUCCGGACAAGUUGAGAGGUGCAAAUGGCCCAGUAUCGCUCACAGAUUGGUCACCGUGUCGAAGCCUUACUUCAGUUGCAAUGGGUUUAUCUACCUUUGUAUUCUACUAGCGGACAGGGUUGAAUUGUAAUGUGUUAAUACUGCAUUUAUGUAAGCGGAGUGUGAGCUCUACGCUUCUGCAACACUUUCCGGUGCCAUUUCCUUCCUACCCCGCACUGGAAGACCAGCGAACUUGUUGCGCAUCGCGUCGUACUUCCGUCUCUGCGCUGCGCUGACACUAGGCCCAACCUUUUCAACGGCCUCGCUAAAGUCCUCAACUGUGACCGACACCUGGAUGUUGUCGUGCUUGCCACCGUCCGCGCUCUCCAUCUCCUCAAUGCGUCCGAGAGCCCUCCUGAGCGCCACUA